GACUAUACAACACUCACACAUGAAGACGUAAACUAUGCAUCGAAGACGUAAACUUGGCGGGAGCAAUCAGAGCCAGCAGGGAGACGCCCAGACCAGAGACCACCACCGGCGACACGCUCGAGAAUAGCGGCGGCGCAGGUCCCCCUCCAUCUCCGUCGUGAGUUCUCGCGGCGGAUCUCCUUCCCCCACUCGCGCUCAGGCUCGGUCCCUCAGCGCAGAUCUCCUUUUCCCCCACUCGCGCUCAGGCUCGGUCCCAGGGAUUGGAUCUUCCGCGCGUCGGCGGCUCCCCCUCGGCGGCCUCCAGCGACGGAGGGGCAGUCCCAGGCUCGGCGGCGGCGUCGGCGGCUCCCCCUCCCGCCUCCGUCCUCCGCGCACCGGCCGGCGACCCUGCGUCAUUCUAGGUUCUGCGCACGCCCGCACUGAUCUUCGGACUCUGGGGCUCAAAUUCACCGUGAAUACCCUGACGCUACGAGAAGUUGUCACGGUAGGGAUCUCAAAGGGAGGUGCGAAGACCCAACUGCCGUCUCUGAUGGGCUUCGCCGGCCGGGUAUCCGCGCUGCUCUUCCUCCUGGUCGCUGGUGCUGUAGCAAAUGACCAGGUCUUCACCACUUCAGGUGUGACAUUUGGGCGGAGUUCGCGUGAGCCAAGGUACCGCGUCGAAUUCCAUCCUGUUGAUUCGCCGUUCCAUCCAGAGAAUGGUCAGGAAUCCGUACCAAUGGCUAAUCAUGAGGGGAAACGUUACAAGUGCUUUCUACCAGUUGAAGAAACUAAAACCAUGAAGUCAAUGCUCCCACAAAAUGCAACUAAUGUUAUAGUAGAAAGUGAAAGGAGAAUUAAGCCAAAGGAGCCAGAUGAGUUACUUGAGGUUCUCAAGGAUCAGUGUUUCUACAGGCACGAAGGUUGGUGGUCGUAUGAGUUCUGUUAUCAUGGGAAAAUCAGACAGGUCCAUGUAGACGAUGAAAAGGUUAUCCAAGAAUUUGUUCUAGGUGAAUACGAUGAUGACGCGACUGCUGCAUACCACGAAAAUAGCACCUCUGAGUUAGCUAAUGAUGACAAUCAUGUGAAAGAUAUAUCUAAGAGGUAUCAUGUUCACUUGUAUAAAAAUGGGACUGUAUGUGAUCUCACAGAUAUUCCCCGGGAGACAGAGGUUAGAUUUGUCUGCUCGGAGCCUACUGUACUGAUUAGUUCAAUCAAGGAGAUCUCUUCCUGCAAAUAUGUUGUAACAAUUCAAAGUCCCAUGCUUUGCAAAAACCCGUUGUUCCAGCAAGAGAAACGAACCCUCUCCAUCCACUGCAAUGAGUUGCCUGCUAAAGCAGAAUCCAAUGUGGUGGAUGACUCGCUUCCAAAAGAAGCGCAGAUAUCCAUCAUCCCUGAUCAGGAUGGGCUACAUGAUUUUCCAGCUUAUGCUACUUGAUAUGCCUCCAAUAAUCAUGUCUGAUGUAGAAAAGGCACAGUUUUGGAGGCGCAGUGGCAACUGAGCAACAAAUGUAUUAACUAUUAUCCCAUGGAUCCUACAGCAGAGGCUCCUUGUAAAGUAGGUUGAGACGAUCAUUUUGCAGUGCUAAUUAUAUAGGAUGAUUAUACGAGGGUAGAAAAGUUUCUCAGUAUUAGUAAAGGAAACAAGUUUGAGACAGUAAUAUUUGCUUGAAAUGUCUACAGUCUACAGCAAGAAUAAUGCAGCAUUCUUGAAGUUGCCUUUUAAUACCAAUCAAGACAACUCAAA